GAAAAGUAUUUAACGUAAUUCAUUUUCUGCGGAACUGAAAAGAUGUCAGCGCCCUUCAAAGAGCACAAAGCAGACGAAUUGUUAUGAAACUUGAGACAUAUUGAAUCUACUAUCUGUCGAGAUGAUUCGUAUUAGACCAAGUUGUCAAAUCAUAGCUUGUCAACUCUGUUCAACUUCCAGUACGUCAAGGACUACCUCUAAUACUUGUAAAACCACGUCUCUAAAAGAAAGAAGAACUAGAGUUAAGUUAGAUAGGAUUAUUCGUGUUGAUCAUGCGGGUGAAUUAGGGGCUGAUAGAAUAUACGCUGGACAAUUAGCUGUUCUUGGAAACACAGCAGUUGGGCCAGUCAUUAAGAAAAUGUGGGAAGAAGAAAAAGAACAUUUAAGAAAAUUUGAAGAAUUAAUGGUUGAACAUAGAGCUAGACCAACUGUUCUAUUACCGAUAUGGAAUGUGGCUGGAUUUGUUCUUGGUGCUGGGACAGCUUUAUUAGGAAGAGAAGGAGCUAUGGCGUGUACAGUAGCUGUAGAAGAUGUUAUUGGUGACCACUAUAAUAGUCAAAUUCGUGAAUUAAUGGAGGAUGAUCCUGAAAAGCACGCUGAAAUAUUAAAGACAAUAAAGAAAUUUCGUGAUGAUGAACUUCACCACCAUGAUACCGGUUUAGAACAUGAUGCCGAAAACGCUCCAUUUUACAAAGCUUUAACACAAGUGAUAAAAAUUGGUUGUCGAGGAGCAGUAUGGAUCUCGGAAAGGAUAUAAACUUAAGCUGUGAUCCAUCGUAAAGACUAUCAGCUAUAUCUGAUAUGUGAAGUGCUUUUAGAUUUGGGCUCUCAUUUCAAAAUUUUCAGAACUAGCAAAAUUGAUUGAAAUGGCAGCCUUAAUUAUCAUUGUCAUCCAUUUGUGAAAUCACGGAGACAAAGAAAGAUAAAACGAAUCAGCAGUGAAUAUUCGCUUGACCGCUAAUAUCGCUGAAAGGGAUGACAUCAGGGCAAGUUAAUUAGCUCUCAGUAUUAACUUGUUUUCUUUUGCAAUUUUGUAAAUUAUCAAGAAAAAACAAUUUUUUAAAUUAGUAAAAUAAACAAAUCUUCUACGUAGUGUAAAUGGGAACAUAAAAUAGUACGAGGCGUAAAAUGAGUAAAAGUCACCAAUUCUGUCCGGACUAGUUUGUGUUACUACGUCCGAUUUAACACACGUGUUAUAUAUCAACGCUGUAUGAUGUGAUGUCACAUGUAGACGUGAACUUAUAAAGAUCAGUCAUCUGAAACAGAGUUAAAAGAAGGCUUUAGCAAUACCACUGUGAAACAGAUUGAAAGAAACACUUUUUUAAAACUUAUUACCAUUGCAUUUUAUAUGCGUGUGUGACACGUAAUCUUUUCUGAGAGAACAUUAAUUCCAUUAUCUAAUUAAAGUAUAGAUCUAUAUUUCGUUCAUUUUUUAUACUUUCGAUGGCCGGUUGUAGUGGGAGGUCGUGUCAGGGGUCAUACAAAUGACUUGAUUCCAUCAGUCAUUCGAUUAACCAAUCCCAGUCGAGUGUAACCCAAGCUAAUUAAAAUACAGAUCUAUAGUUCGUUUCAUUUUUUAUACUCUCCAUGGCCUCCACUACAUUAAGAUCUGACCAGUUGUAGUGGGAGGUCGUGUCGGGAGUCAUAUGAGCGUAUUUUUACCAUCAGUGUUUUAAUUGGGUAUUCGGAAAUACAACUUUUGCUUUGAUUUGUUUUCUAUCUUUGUGAAUGUCUACCCAUAGUUCCUUGUGCCAGACGACAAGAACUUGACUCAACAGACCAUUUGAUUGGCUAAUCCCUCACAUCCACCAGAAAGCAGGUUAAAAAAAACUCUUCCAUAUCCUAGUGUAAUAAAGACAAUUAAAACAAAAUUUUGAACUACAAAAAACAAAACGAAAUAGGAUCUGUGUUUUAAUCCGAUUGCCACCAGCUUGUUAUACAGAUCACUAUAAAUAUAAAUCAUGUUUAUCUAUAAUUGUAUCGUAUUGAAUGUAAGAACGUUUUGAUAUAACAAACAGAAUACAGCAAUCUAUUCAUAUUUUAUUAGUAAAAAUCUUAUGAAUGCAAAUUAUUAUUUAUUAUGAAUAAUGGUCUUGAAAUAAUGCCACACCAAUCUGAUUUUUGUUUCUUCUGGAAAACGUGAAUAUUUUUCUUUUUAUUUCUUCGGGAAAAAAUGAUUAAUUUAACAAGCAAAAAAACUUUGUUCCACUGUUCAAAAGCUUUUAAUCUAAAAUGUUUCAGUUUUGAAAUUUUAAUGUGAUUCAAGUGGUUAUUUAUAUAUUAUGACAUCGAAGAACAAAACAUCAAGUUGGUGUGACCUAAAGCUGAUCAGUAAAAAUAGCUUUAAGAUGUUAUAAUUAUAUAUCAGAAUAAUUAUAAUUAGAUAAAUCAGAGGGAAUACUGUAUAUCGUCAAGCUCAAACAAAAAUUGACUAUGUCAUUUGUGAAAACAAAUACGGCAGACAUAAUCAACGGUCCAAAUUGGUUAUAUUUUAGACCGAAUGACAGUCUGGUGCCAGACGUAAUAAACGGUCAAAUUGGUUAUAUUUUAAACCCCAAUAACCCCGAAUGACUGUUUGGAGAGAAAUGUUACAAGAGGCCAUCCUAAUUUGGUCUGUUGAUCAUAUAGAAUGUGAUUCAGGCUUCAAAUAAAAUUUCUGUACACAAUGUUUUGUGUUCUUUAUAAAAUAUGUUAAAAAUGACUUGGGCAUUAUUUACGUUACCAUGACGAUAUGUAAACAGUGUUCAUUAUUAAAUGUGUUAAAAAUAACUUGGGUAUUAUUUGCGUUAGCUUGACGAUAUGUAGACAAGUGUUAGAUUAGAUUUUAAAACAAAUCAAUAAAAUAAACAUGUGGUUAUAAUGUACUACGAUAACAUACUAAAUAAAUAACGAUAACUUUCUAAUAA